CUGAUAUACAAUAUUGGUCACACACUCAUAGACUGCAACUAGUUACAUUAGAGUCCAUAACAGUAAACCAAGUGAACAUUUUAAUUGACCACGUUUCGUUUUUUUUUACUUUGAAUCCCGGAAGUAAUCUAACGUUACGACCCAGCGUUAUGUGAAUAUGGGGUGACUUUAUAAACGUUAUCACGUCAGGUUUGACAGGUUUUGUGAUGCAUUGAAUAACUCGUCGCCGACCGUUUUGGAAAGUGAAAUAUAUUCACUUUAAUUUGCAUGAACACAAGCAACGAACAGGGCGCAACUUUUACUGAAGUCGUGUUGUUAUUGUUGUCGAUGGAAAUCUUAUCAAUGGUUGGGAUUCGUCUGUCCCUAAAGCAAAGAUAUUUUCUCCUGCUGUGUGUUGCUGUCGGAGCGAUCCUUGCGUAUCGGCUUACAAGGAAUCGACCUGAGGUAGUAAGAAUGAAGCGUGCGGAGGGUCUGAGGGCCAACUCGUCUCAGUUCACUCUGGAGAGAAAACCCUUCCACAUCCUGGGGGGCUCCAUCCAUUACUUCCGUGUUCCCAGAGCCUACUGGGAGGACCGGCUGCUGAAGAUGAAGGCCUGUGGCCUCAAUACUCUGACAACGUAUGUGCCAUGGAAUAUGCACGAGCCUGAGCGAGGGGUGUUCAACUUUGAGGAUCAGUUGGAUUUGGAAGCUUACCUCCGUCUUGCAGCCAGCUUGGGCCUCUGGGUGAUUCUGCGUCCAGGGCCGUACAUCUGUGCAGAGUGGGAUUUAGGUGGCCUACCCAGUUGGCUACUACGAGAUAAAAACAUGAAACUGAGAACAACCUACCCAGGAUUCACUGAUGCCGUUAACUCCUUCUUUAAUCAUCUCAUUGAGAAAGUUGUUCCACAUCAGUACUCCAAGGGUGGCCCAAUUAUCGCAGUUCAAGUUGAGAAUGAGUAUGGCUCCUAUGCCAAGGAUGACAAAUACAUGCCUUUCAUCAAGGAGUCGUUGUUGUCAAGAGGCAUCUCAGAGCUGCUGCUGACCUCAGACAACAAGGAAGGACUAAAGCUUGGAGGAGUGAAAGGAGCACUAGAAACCAUCAAUUUCCAGAAGUUUAACCCAAAGGACAUCAAGUAUCUGGAUGAGAUACAACCUCACAAGCCGAAGAUGGUGAUGGAGUACUGGUCUGGCUGGUUCGAUCUUUGGGGGGACCUUCAUCAUGUCUACCCAGCUGAGGAUAUGCUUGCUGUUGUGUCAGAGCUUCUUGAGAGAGGUGUCUCCAUUAAUCUGUACAUGUUUCAUGGGGGAACCAGCUUUGGCUUCAUGAAUGGAGCGAUGGACUAUGGCACCUACAAACCUCAGAUCUCCAGUUAUGAUUACGACGCUCCGCUUUCUGAGGCUGGAGAUUGCACGCCAAAAUAUCAACUCUUGAGGACUUUAUUUAGCCAGUAUCACUCUAAGCCUCUUCCUGAAGUGCCGUCUCCUUGUGAGAGGAGAGUCUAUGACCCUGUUAGCAUCCAGCAGCACCUGUCACUGUGGGACAGCCUGCACUUCACCGACAAGCCUUUCAGGUCGGAGAAGCCGGUAAACAUGGAGAAUCUCCCUGUCAACAAUAACAAUGGUCAGUCAUAUGGGUACACACUGUAUGAAACCAUCAUCACCUGUGGAGGAACCCUCAACUCAAAGAACAACAUCAGAGAUAGAGCCCUGGUUUUUGUGGACAGACAAUGUGUUGGUACUUUGGACUACAAGACUCAUGAGCUGGCACUCCCUGAUGGAAAGGGAGAGAUGACUUUGAGCUUGCUUGUGGAGAACUGUGGAAGAGUGAAUUAUGGGAAAGCACUGGAUGAACAACGCAAAGGUAUUGUUGGAGACAUUCUGUUGAACCACACCCCUCUGAGAGGAUUUACCAUCUUCUGUUUAGACAUGAAGCCAUGUUUUAUGAAAAGACUAAUGAGUUCAGGUCAAUGGAAGUCUGAUGGCAAGUUGCCCUCCAUCCCAGGGUUUUUCCAGGCCAGACUGUAUGUGGAAGGUCCUCCAAAAGACACCUUCAUCAAACUCCAUGGUUGGGGUAAAGGAGCCGUGUUUGUCAAUGGGCAGAACCUUGGACGCCAUUGGUUCAUUGGACCCCAGCAUCACCUUUAUCUCCCGGGACCUUGGCUCAGAAGUGGAGAGAAUCAGAUUAUUGUUUUCGAGGAACAAAAAGCAGAUGACAAAAUAUUUUUUGCGGAAAAUCCUGAUCAUGGAAAGACAAUUGAUGUUUACAAACUCCCCUUUUGCACACUGCUGUAAAAAAUAAUGUACAGCAAAACACACACACACUUGGAUGCAGGGGACAGUUUAUUGAUAACUGCAGUUCUUGUCAUCAUUAAAAGCUAUUAGUUUACUAACCAUAAUGUUUUAAGUUACUAUUGUACACCAGUAGCUUAUGGUUAUGUGUUUUCUUCAUAUAUUUAGUGAGCUGUCACAUGCCAUUGAUCUGUUUCCUUAAAUUCAAGAAUUCAAUAAGGUCUCCUUUGUCUUGUUUUUGGACUUUGGUUUGAAUUUUGUUCUGAUUAGGAAAGAAAAAAUGUCUUUGACCUUUUUGACCCUUCAAAAGCAUUACAUGUCCUCACAAACCUCUCAUUGGACCAAAGGCUUGUCAUUCACAUGAGCGACGCUCCCUUACUCACCAAUGACAUCACACCAUGGGAAACAUUUCACCAGAAAGCCUAGUAACCGGAACACAAGUCUUCUAUGCUUUCACAAUAAAGAAUAAACAACUGUUAUCUUGGCCCGCUCUGA